ACUUUACAUCUAUCGAGUGAUCGCUUAGUCUCGCUCUUUGGUUUAGGAGAAUUCAAGCUUUACACCUAACUUGUGCUUGAGCCCGUGUCCCUAGAAUAUAGUGUAUAUAUUAAUAUUAUAUAUAUAAAAUGGGCACUCCAUUUAAGCAAACAGUUCAUUCAGCUUAGUUCAGUUCUUUCCUUUCUUUCCUUCAAUCCAUUUUAUCUCAUCAAUGGAUAGCAUACAUGUAGAGAUCUUAUCCACAAAGCUCAUAAAACCAUCUUCCCCAACUCCUCCUCACCUUCAAUGUUACAAACUUUCAUUCUUUGAUCAAAUAGCUAACAAAGAACUUGUCCCUUUAGUUCUUCUCUAUCCUUCUUGCAACAACAACUCUAUCAAGGAUGCUGAGAUGGAUGAGCGGCUCGAACAAUCUUUUUCUAAGAUAUUAACACGUGUUUACCCAGCUGCUGGAAGGUAUGCUGAAGAUGGGUGUUCGGUUCUUUGCCUUGAUCAAGGUGUUCCUUAUACCAAAGCAAAAGUCAACUGCAAGCUGGACAAUUUCCUCGAACAAGUUACACGUGAUGGACAUGAACUGACGGUCCAACUCUGGCCACACGACAUCAAGGAUGUGGAUGAUACCAAUCUGUUCACAGCACCAAUUUUCACGGUCCAAAUAACGAAGUUUGAAUGUGGUGCCAUGGCUGUAGCAAUUAGUAUCUCGCAUCCUGUAAUGGACGGUUUCACAACCAUGUCCACUAUGUUUGAGUGGGCUAAUGCGUGUAGAUUGGGGACUCCUAUCGACAAGAUCAACAAUUAUUUAAGCUUCAAUGCGGGUGAUGUUUUCCCAACAAGAGACUUAUCAAGGUACUUCAAGCCUCCUAUUCCACAAGAAGGAAGCAAAGAAGAUAAAUUUCUCUCCAAGAGGUUUGUUAUCAAAGAGGCUGCUAUAUUGACUCUCAAAGAGAAAUUUGCAAGCUUCAUUGAUUCAGGUGCUUUGGAUUUUAAACCUUCAAGAGUUGAGAUGAUCUCAGCGCUGUUAUGGAGAGCUUUAAUCCGUGCUUCGGAAGCAAUAAAUGGGAACUUGAGACCUUCUAUGAUGGGCUUUCCGCUGAACUUGCGCUCUAAAAUUAAUUUACCUGAAAUAAACAAAUCUGUGGGGAAUUUGGUAAUUGAUGUUCCAGUGAAAUUCAUACCGGGGGAGACACAAAUGGAGUUACAACAUCUUGUAAAAUUGAUCAGGGAUGCAGUGACCAAAGUUGUCGCUUCAUGUUCCGAGGCUUCACCAGACGAGAUAGUUUCACACGUGGCGAACUUAUAUAAUGAAAGUUUUCAAGCACCAGAAUGGGGAGGCAACGAUGACGUUGACAAAUUUACGUGUUCAAGUUUAUGCAGGUUUCCUAUGCAAGAUGCUGAUUUUGGUUUGGGAAAACCAUGCUUGAUGUUUUUUGGAUUGAAAGAUAUGAAUAUGUUUUGGUUGCACGAUACGGUUUGUCGUACUGGUGUUGGCCUACAAGUCGACUUGGAUGAAAGGCACUUGGAGUUAUUUGAAUCCGACCCCGAUCUUAAGGCCUUUCAUCGAGCACUUCGUCUAGAUACUUCCUCCGGUCCAAAAUAAAUGAAUUUUUGGAGUGUUUUUUUCUUUUAUCCAAAAUAAAUGAAUUGUUCAAAUCCCGAAGAGGUAUUUCUGUGUUGUUUUCUGGAGUAAUUUGGAUUAAUAAAGUGUUGCUACUACGAA